AGCAUGUUACUAAUUUUUGUUUACUUGAAAAAUGUGGACAUACUAUUUAGUUAUCAUUCCAGUGAUGAUUUUAGUAAACAUUUUAGUCGAGUAAAUAGAAACCAACUCUAUUUUUUCCACCGAGUGGUCUUUCCACUAGCAGCCGAUCAUUUACUAAACCAAUGUAGACACUACAUUUUAGUGCUAAAUUUAGUAAAAACGGCGCGAGUAAACAGUGAUAAACAGGUUAUCACAUUUGUUUAUGUGUUUAUAACUUCACUUUCUUUUUGAUUUGUAGUUAUUAUUUCCAUCAUUUUUUGCCCUGAACACAUUUGUAUAUUUUUUCAUUUAAGAUUAUUAAAUAUUUAUAUGACUAAUAUGACUCAUAAGUGGAACGAAGAUACUACAUUAAAGUUUGUAGAGGAAUAUCGUCAACAUGAAUGCCUUUGGAACAUACAUUAUAAUUUAUAUAAAAAUAAGCAAGCGCGUGAUGCUGCCUACACUUCAAUUGCAAGUGUUAUGAACAUACCAGACUUUGGAAUUGCGGAAGUAAAAACUAAAAUUAAAAACUUACGUUCAACGUACUCCCAAGAGUUAAAAAAAAUUGAAUGUUCCAAAAAAUCGGGUGCAGGAACAGAUUACUUAUAUAUACCACAAGUGAAAUGGUUUAAAGAGAUGGAAGCAUUUUUGCAAGGUACUGGCAAUAAAAGAAAGACUCAUGACAACCUUAGCCUUGUAAGUAUUAAUUUUAUUUUUUAACAUAAUUUAAUAUUUGUAAUAAUAAUAUUGAAUACAUACAACAAAAUACA